CCCUUCAACUUCAAGUCAAGCUAAAGGGGGGGAAGGAUGGAGGCGUGAGGAGGGAGAGCACGUCAAGAAGCACUAAUUCUUUGCCUCAGCAGCGUCAGGAAGCCAGCAGAGCACCAUGAAGUCCGUGUUCAUGGUGGCGGAGAAGCCUUCCUUGGCACAGAGUCUGGCGGAGAUCCUGAGUGGCAAGAAAUGCUCCUCCAGGAAAGGGUUCAAUGGGGCGUGCAGCGUACAUGAAUGGAGCGGCAUCUUCCGAGGGCAAAGUGUGCGGUUCAAGAUGACGUCAGUGUGCGGCCACGUCAUGUCCCUCGACUUCCCCGGAAAGUACAACAACUGGGACAGGGUGGACCCGGCUGAGUUGUUCCGGUGUCAAACAGAGAAGAAGGAAGCAACAGCCAAGCUAAGAAUGCCAGAGUUUCUAGGGAAGGAGGCUCGUGGCUCGGACUACCUGGUGCUGUGGCUGGAUUGUGACAAGGAGGGAGAGAACAUUUGCUUUGAGGUCAUCUCCUGCGUGAUGCACUCAAUGAACAGAGCAGCAGGUAAAGAACAGAUCAUCUUUCGAGCCAAGUUCUCCGCCAUCACAGACCGCGACAUCAAGGCGGCCAUGAAUAGCCUGGUGGAGCCCAAUGAGAAUGAGUCACGCUCUGUGGAUGCUCGCCAGGAGCUGGACCUUCGCAUUGGCUGUGCCUUCACUCGCUUCCAGACCAAAUUCUUCCAGGGGAAGUAUGGCAAUCUUGACUCCUCGCUGAUCUCCUUUGGGCCGUGCCAGACCCCAACACUGGGCUUCUGUGUGGAGCGCCAUGACUUCAUUCAGUCCUUCAAGCCGGAGACCUAUUGGGUGCUGCAGGUGAAGGUGGCGGUGACAGAGGACAGACAGCUCACCCUGGAGUGGGACAGAGUGCGCAGCUUUGACAAAGAUGUGGCCAAUGUGUUCCUUAAUAUUGUCAAGGAAAACAAGCGUGCCAAAGUGACAAAGGUGGAGAUGAAGGAGAAGGCCAAGCCUCGGCCAGCAGCUCUCAACACUGUGGAGUUAAUGAGGAUAGCUUCAUCAGGGCUUGGCAUGGGACCCCACCACGCCAUGACCCUGGCCGAGCGACUGUACACCCAGGGCUACAUCUCCUACCCUCGCACAGAGACCACACACUACCCUGAGAACUUUGACCUCAAGGGAGCACUGAGGAUCCAGGAGGGCCACAGUGACUGGGGUGGCGUGGUGCGGGAAAUCUUACGGGAAGGCAUUCAGAAACCCAAGAAGGGCCAUGAUGCAGGAGACCACCCCCCCAUCACCCCCAUGCGCUCUGCUGACCGGGGACAUUUCGAUCAUGACUCCUGGCGCCUCUAUGAGUACAUCACCAAACACUUCAUUGGCACACUGAUGCCUGACUGUACGUACCUCAGCACCACCAUUUUCCUGUCCAUUGGCUCGGAGAACUUCACCAUCACCGGCAAGCAGCUCAUUGAUCCUGGCUUCACCAAGGUGAUGGACUGGCUGGCGCUGCAGGAUGAAGAAAAGCUGCCUGACUUGAAGGGUGGAGAGGAGCUGCCCAUACUUGAGGCCAAGCUGACAGAACGGCAGACCUCCCCACCAGAUUACUUAACAGAGUCCGAGUUGAUCAGCCUGAUGGAGAAGCAUGGCAUUGGCACCGAUGCGUCCAUCCCAGUGCACAUCAACAACAUCUCACAGAGGAACUACGUGCAGGUGUCGGCGGGCCGCAGGCUGGUGCCCACCAACCUCGGCAUUGUCUUGGUGCAUGGCUAUCAGAAGAUUGACCCUGACCUGGUGCUGCCCACCAUGAGGAGUGCUGUGGAGGAGCAACUCAACCUUAUUGCUCUUGGGAAGGCAGACUUUAACUCUGUCCUGCAGCACACCAUUGAGAUUUUCCAGCUCAAGUUUCAAUACUUUGUCAAGAACAUUCAAGGCAUGGAUGAACUGUUUGAGGUUACCUUUUCACCUCUGUCUGCCACAGGACGACCAUUGUCAAGGUGUGGAAAGUGCCGGCGCUACAUCAAGCUGGUGGAGACCAAGCCAGUGCGGCUUCACUGUGUCACCUGCGACGAGACCUUUGCCGUGCCUCAGAAUGGAGUGAUUCGGGAGUUCCAGGAGAACAGGUGUCCACUGGACGACUUCCAGCUGCUGACGUGGUCUGCCGGAGCGAAGGGCAAGAGCUUCACCUUCUGCCCAUACUGUUACAACAAUCCACCCUUCCCAGACAUGUCCAAGGGUGGUGGGUGCAACCUGUGCUCCCACCCCACCUGUCAGUAUGGCCGGGACAACGUGGGGGUGUCCCAGUGCAUGGAGUGUGGGCCAGGCAUCCUAGUGCUGGACCCAUCAUCAGGCCCCAAGUGGAAGCUGGCCUGUAACAGGUGUGAUGUGAUAAUCAACCUCUUUGACAAGGCCAACAAGGUCCAGGUUCUUGAGGACACCUGUGAGGACUGUGGCUCUCAGACAGUCACUGUAGAAUACAAGGAGGGUAAGAGCAAACUGAAGGAUGGGCAGCUGACAGCCACUGGGUGCAUCUUUUGCAGCACCAGCCUGCAGCCACUGGUGGAGAAGCACCGAGCGUCCCAGGAGGCAGGCCGGGGCCGGGGCCGGGGUAGGGGGCGGGGACGAGGGGGCAGAGGAAUGAGGGGUGGCGGGCGGGGCACCAGAGGGCGAGGAGGGGGACGGGGCAGGAGAUAGUCCUCAUGGUAAUUCCAGUGUUAUUUUCUUCACUGUGUCCAAGAUAAAUUAUUUCUACUGCAGCCUCCAAUUUGAGGCCCAAAAUAAAAUAAUCUAUACAA